AAAGCAGAACACAGGUCUCCAACCGGAGUUGGUCAGAACUCAUGUGAUGGGUCUCCCAUUGGGGUUUCUCUGGUAAGCAAAACAAAAAAUGCUAAAAACAAGGCGGCAGCACAACAAGUCAACUUGCAUAACGCCGGUAAGAAACCCUACAUGUGUGGGGAGUGUGGGUACAGGACAGCUCGAAAGUAUCACUUAUCCCAACAUAUGAGAACCCAUACAGGAGAAAAAACCUACAAGUGUGACCAGUGCGAUUAUUCUGCAGCACGAAAAGGUACCUUGGACAAUCAUCUCACAAAACACACCGGUGAGAAACCCUACAUGUGUGAGAAGUGUGGAUACAGGGCAGCCAGAAAGGACUAUUUGUCCCAACAUAUGAGAACCCAUACUGGAGAAAAACCCUACAGGUGUGAUCAGUGUGACUAUUCUACAGCACGGAAACACAGUUUGGACGUUCAUCUAGCAAAACACACUGGAGAGAAACCCUACAUGUGUGAGGAGUGUGGGCACAGGACAGCUAGAAAGGACUAUCUAUCCCAACAUAUGAGAACCCAUACCGGAGAAAAACCCUACAAAUGUGACCAGUGUGAUUUUUCUACUGCACAGAAAUUUAACUUGGACAAACAUUUAGCAACACACAUCGGUAAGAAACCCUACAUUUGUGGGGAGUGUGAAAAACUCUACAAAUGUGACCAGUGUGACUAUUCUGCAACACACAAAUCUUCUUUGGACAAACAUCUAGCAAAACACACUGGUAAGAAACCCUACAUUUGUGGGGAGUGUGGCUUCAGGACAGCUUUCAAGUCUGACCUAUACCGACAU